ACCGACCUGCUAUUUCUCGUCGAUACCACGCAUCCUCUGAAAGCAUAUCUCGACGCCGUCAAACAACAAAUCAAGAGUACCGUAGCUGGGGUCAAAAGAUUAUUCGUUGACGAAACCACCUUACGUAUUGCUGUGGUUGGGUACAAAGAUCACCGGGACAAACCCCAUAUCCAGUUUCAAGACUUUACAACUUCCGUUGAGGGAGUCUUGGUCUUUCUUAACACCUUGACCGCAACUAGAGGAGACGACUAUCCCGAAGAUGUUCUUGGCGCCGUACAGAGGGCCACCAAAAGUCCCUGGCAGCAACAAACCCGUGAGCAUCACGGCCUUACGUACAACUGGCUGAUCCACAGACUGGUCAAAUUGAACAUCAACUACAUCUUCUUGCGCAUCACUGCUCAUACCGAUCGCAUGGCCGCGGUCUUCGCGCAGGUCUAUGCGGGAGCUGGAGCAGGGGCUAGCCUACUUCCUGACAAUUACUACAGCGAGCAGGUCAACAACAAGCUUCAUCGCUGUGGCAAGUCAGGCCUCACGUUCCCCGAGUUAAAUCUAGGGAACUAG